CGGAUAGUCUGAAGCUGUCAUGACUUGAUCUUCUCGAUGUCAGAGUCAAGCCUGCAAAAGCGCCAUGUUGGGGGGUUGACCAGCCUUGAUUACAUAAGCACGCUACUUUUUCCUUUUCUUGUCUCGAAACGUCAAACAAAAAAGAAGCAAAACUUGCAACAACGACAAACUCGCAACGACGAGAAGACGAAGACGAAGAUUAAGAGAGGGGAGGUGAAGAUGCCUCACUAUGUGAGGUUUCUGAAGCCGCCGAGGAUAGAGACAGGCAGCAUCAAGACGCUGGUCACACUGACAACCGACCUGGGAGACUCGUUCCUGGCAGAGGAGGUCGAGCUCAGGUCUUCGGUGCUGCGUGUCGACAGCGACAACGACAGCCUCAAGAAUGACAGAUGCAAUGUGCAGUGCAUAAAACAGAAGAACUUCACCUGGACAGCCGCAUCCCGGCAGGUGUUGAUAGCCAUUGAUGGUCUUCAGCUGGAUCUGCGACGCCACGCAGUGCAGUUACAUGUUGGCCCGGCAGACCGAGGACACCGACUCGGACCCGACGACGGCUUUGCUGUCUCGUCAGCUAUCCCAACAGUGAUAUCAGCGUGGAGUCCGCCUUUUGGUGGCCCAGAAUCUCCUCAGGCUGAUAAGCUGGCACUCAGAUGGCUCAGGACUCGAUGUCCCGCUGAGGUGCGGAUAUGGGAAGAGACUGGCAACAAUCUCGCAAGACAUAUCUGGGAUGCUUCGCUCGCAUGGCUGAUGCUCUUCCAAGAGACUCUUGCUCCAGUUGUUGUUGCUGCUGACGGUGACGAUGGCCAGGCUACGUCUCCGUUUCUCAUGUUCAAGGACCUGAUUCGACAGAACAACAACAAGUCGCAUUUCAACGUAAUUGAACUGGGAGCGGGUUGUGGUAUUGUCGGAAUCGCGCUUGCUCAGUCGUUGACGGACUGCUCUGUCCUGUUGACAGACCUUGAAGAGGUUCGCGACAUCGUUAGCCGUAACAUCAACAUGUCCAACCCAGCGGCGGGCUCUAAGAUUGACUUCCAAGUCCUUGACUGGGAGACGAGCAUCCCUAGCAGGGUCUCAGAGCAGCAGUAUGACCUUAUUGUUGUAUCCGACUGUACGUACAAUGCGGACAGCCUGCCUGCUCUCGUCGACACCAUGGCUGCGCUGGUUGAACGGUCUCCUCAGGCUGCCAUCAUCGUAGCACUCAAAAGACGCCACGAGAGCGAAGCUGUCUUUUUCGAGCUUAUGCAUCGUGCAAGACUGGACGUUUGCAGCAAGACUCGCAUUCAGCUGCCUAGUGUCUGCUCAGACGAAAGGGUAGAUAUCGAGAUAUACUGUUUUCGGUCAUCACCCUCUUCUCUACGAUGAAUGCAUCUCUCUCUCUCCUUCUCCGAUAUGAGCAUAUUCUACGAAGUACACCAUCCCAAAAAAAUCGCCUUAUUGGUUAGACAAAUCUCAGGUUGCAACUAUCCUUGGACAAGAAUCCAUCUCUUAAUUCCAUCAUUUGCUUUCUCGGUAACCGAUCGAUGCCUCACGCCUAGUUUUCCGAUAAUUGCUCAGAAUUUUUGGUCACAUCGCCCCUAUCAGCUCCUCGAUCUCCCAAAAUCUCAAUUUUCACUCGGCAGUACUCCGCGGUUUGUUCUACAGAACUAUUUUCUUCUAUAGGAGACAAACCUCCCGCUCGGAGGAUUACCAGGUCGGUGAUACAGCGCAAGCUGAAGACGGCAUCGCUGUGGCUACUGCUAUUGCGAUAACUAUAGUCUGUCCAAGGGUGCUGCUCCCUUUUGGAGAGUUCAGCUGGAGCCGAAAAAAAAAAAUUAAAUGGACAACACCCACAAUUGAUAAUACGAAAAGGAUCCCGCGUAUGCUUUGCACCAAAUUUCGCAACACCGAGCUACAGAUUUAUGGACCUGAAAACCAGAGUUUCCUCCUUGCCUGGACUAACGAGUCACAAAACGGAACCGGCAACACAAGGAUAUCCAUCCGCGACGGCUCCUGGCUUCGGCUGCCCC